AUGGACGAGGUAGCCGCAACAGUUGGCCGCCACACGGCAGCCCGGCGGCCGCUUGUGAACAAGUCGAACCGGCCACAUCUCCCGAUUUUUGCAGACAAGCUGCUGUGCGGCGAAUCGACACUCGGUAUGGACGACGUGUUACUGUCCGGCUCCGACGAUGAGUACUACGACAGCCCUGGCGCACGAUGCCGACGUCUCGAAGAGCAGGCACGGCUUUUUCUCGAAGGCCGCCGACCUCGGCUUCUCUCAGCGUCAUUAAGGGGACCGUUUGGCAGAGAGACGCGCUGGGAGAACCCCUGGAGAGGGAGAAGGGGCAAGAUUGGCACAAAGGUCGUCUCUCGUUCGACCAAGACGCAACAGCCCUUGAUAGUAUCGACGUCCGAUCCCGGUGUCGGCAGCCAGAAACAGACUACUGCGCCAGUCGCCACAUCUGCAUCGAACACGGACUUAGGAACGACACCGAGCACCAUCACAACCCAAAAAGACCCAGAAAUCAAGAAACGGGCAGCUGCUAGCAACUGGCUGCGGCGAACGAACCUAAAGCGCUUGAAACCCAACUAUGAUGAUGUUUUGGCCGCCUCACCGUCCGCUUCGCGAACCACCAGAGCAGCGAGCUCGGCAAAGGCUGCAGCCGCACCCAAGACGCCAGACCUGGCACGACCCACGUCAGACCUGGCACGACCCACGUCCGAUCCGCCUCGAGACGCCCUCACGACAGCCGCCGACGAAGCUGUCGGAGGCAGCUGCAACGCCGCGCCGAGUCAAAGCCUGGCCAGCACUGAACUGCCGGUGUCCCACAUAUCAGACAGCGAGCCUUCUAUGUCGGUACUUCCGUCCGAUCUCUUUUUGAGCAGUCAUAUCGGAUCUGAGCCAUUAUUACCACAAAUUCCUGCUUCUUCCAAAAAGACAACUGCAACUGAAACAACAAGCCUCGUCGGGGAUGAAGCAUCAGCAGCCUUUGGCGAUGACACGACGUUGCGGCCGGCAGAGCAAGAAAGCACAAAGUCGGUAAAUGGACCAAUGCCAAGCGAGCCUCAGCCACCUGCCACGAGUGGAACUGAAAUUGAUGCAUCGGAACCGAGCGACGAUGUCCACGACGGAGAACCAGCCGAGCCAUCAAACGAGAUACCGGAUGAGCAAAAUACUAGCAACUUUGCCGACAUGACCUCAACAACAUGUGCUACGGAUUCUGUGGCAGGCGAAACGACAACGCUUUCGACAGUAACCUACGACACGGAGAUGGUGGACGCAAGGAUUGCGACACAGGAUCAAAGUCCAUGGGCAAAGGCUCAAUCAAACACCAUGGUCGGCGAUAUGGUUGCUCACAGCUCAGCCGACCCUGUUGUCCAGCGUCAAUACGAUAGCCAGGCUACAAGUUUUGUGACAGCCCAGAGCCCUUGGUCCAGAGAGACUCAGACUCUUGUUCCAGUGGUGGCUGCUGUCCGGCCAGAUCCUCCAUCUCCAGACGUCGAAGCAGACGAACCAGAUGCGAGCGCAAACGAAACCGGCAGGCCGAGCAUCUCUGUCAGUCAAAAUCCAUGGGCGGACGUGAAUACUGCGGCGUCCUCGUUCUCAUCCUCCACAUCCAAUCUGCCUACGUCUCCAUGCUCACCAAAGGGGGAGACACCUGUCCUACCACCAAUCGAUAAGGAAGGCCUCGAGCAAGAUACGGAAACGUUCCUACCAUCUCUACCCAUCCCGGUCGCUCAUUCCUCUGGGACCGCACCGUCUACGCCGGACACGAAACAAUCCAGCCUCCCCACGCCAGACAUGACCGUGUCGAUCAAGUCCUUUAGGAGAUUCCGCUCGCCGACGCCAACGCCACCACCUCGGCGGAGGAGCGCAAAGGUAGGGGGCCCUCGGUCGAUUCUUCGUCAGCCGCGCCGGCGAUCGGAAGCAACGGCCAGCACCAGCAAAUGUGGCCGCUGUGUUCACUUCUCUCUUCCCGGGUACGAAGCAGCGGCGCCCGCGGACGAGACUCCUGGCGGAACCGCAGCCUCUGCCUCGAUAGAACAACGCGACGGAACGUUCCGGGAACCACAACGAGCCGCUUCGCCUCCUCCACAAGACAAGAUGCUCGUGGAGUCUCUCCCAACAGAGGUCGACCGGUUCAAGGGACACUACGCAACAAUGGCCGGCCGGACAAGGGGCCAACGGGCAGCUAUAUUGGCAGGAUCACAGGCAGGCGAAGCACAGUUUGCGACUGCCGACACCGGCGUCGCCAAGUUUCAACCUAUUGCAAUUUCAUACGGACAAGACCCAGCGCCGGAUCUUGAGUUGUACACCAGUCCGUCCGUCGAUGCUAUGGCAUCCCGGUUCCAGGAGGCGGAUGCGGAAACGUCCAAACUGCAGCAGAUACCGUCCGGGCAGUCGCGCCAUCAAUCGGUCGUGUCGCACUCUGGCGAUAAGGUGCCCAGUGCAGACAGCGACAACAAUAAGGAGAACGCCACGCGAGGCGGGGAGACCGAACAGCACGGGGACGACGAUGACAGUCGAGACGACGAUGCCGCGUCGGCUGUAGACGCUGUGCAAGACGUUAUGGACAACCUCGAUGACUUUCUGGGCUUAUGGGAUAUGGAUGCCGAGCUCGCUGAAGCGCGUGCCGGCAGGAUGUAA